AUGUUAGCAAACUCGUUGACUUUUAUAUUUCUUAUUUUUUUGAUGGCUGACUUAACUACUGGGUGUGAUAUCAUUAUACGUGUCAAGUCAUCCACUAACACGUCAUUUCGCGUAAAAAUUACUACCCCAAAUGGAAAAAGUGACGAAAAAUUAUUACAAAAUAAAGGUGACCGUUUUAUAUUUCAAGAAAAAGCCAAAAAUUGUGGCUUGGGCUUGUUUCAAAUCACUACAUACUCUACUGGUCAGAUUCAGGUUACUUUAACUGGUAUUGGAUCCGUGAAUUACGAAGUUCGUGAUGACCUCGUACCAAAACAAAUUUCUCGACAAGGUGCUGAAUGCAAAGGAGAAUGUGCCCCGUUAGCUUCUACCAAAAAUCCAAAAAUUGCUACCAAAGUUUCUAUGAAGCUUUGA